CCACGUUCUCCACGUGCCAGAAUAACUUCGUCGAUAAACAAACAUAAACGGUUUAUAAAAAUGCGUGGCAUUGGCCUCAUCGUCGGUAUCGUGACGUUGGUCCUGCUGCAGGACGAGAAGAUCCUCGCGGAGGAAUCCGAGGCUACCAAUCGGCUGGUCAACCAGUCAAAUCGGACUUUGCUGAAGCAGACCGCGGUAGCAGUUCCGGUCGAAACGUCGACCGCUGCUCAGGCCCAAGUCACGGCCACAAGACAGGGGCCUUGCCACUGUGAAAAUGGCGUUUGCGGGUGCUGCUCGAGGAUACUUUUGAGCACUUUUCGCCAGAAGGCCUGCGUCAACGUCACUUACGACCCGGACGACUUCCGGUUCACCGCCAACGUCCUGAUGAACGACAGGGUCCUCUACACCAGAAGCGUUUCCGGCAAAAAUCCGCGCCCAUUCUGCGUUCCGGUUCCUCGGAUUCCGGUGGUCAGAGCCUGCGUCAGGUUCUACAAUAUAUACUUCCAGGGUCGAAACGUCCACGCCUGCGUAAACAUGGAGGGAAAAUUCCAGGACACGACUCUCUUCAAGGUUGGUCUUGAUUGCCUGAGGCUUGGAUCAAACGGCGUUGCCGUUGUAAAACCUGAAGACGGCGGAGGAUUGGGCGUCGAAUUCUUACCUGAAGACGACGACGACGACGACGACGACGACGAGGACAAUGACGAGUACGAGGGAAACGACGCCGGAGAUGACGACGACGACGACGAUGACGACGAUGACGAGGAUUUGUUCGACUACUGAAAUCGGAAGAACAGUUCACAAAUUCAUUCUCAAUAAUCGCGUCAUACGAUAAUCCACAU